UUUAACUAAUUAAAAAUGAAAAUAUCCCUCUUUGUGCAUGUCUGCGCAUGUUGUUUUCUGGUAGCUUCCUGUUUACAUUGACAUCAAUAAUAUUGGGGAAAAAGAUUAAAGAACAGAACAGAACUAGAAUUCUCCAAUAUGUCACGCAGAUCCAGUAGAAGUUCAACAAUGGACCAAGGGGAAUUUAUCUUGGAAUGUAAAGCAGCAUACUUAUCAAUGUUUGAUAGUAUAAAAGAAAAGAUAGAGUCACAGGAUAGCUUAUUAGAAGCAUUACAGCAAACUGGCAGAAAUCCAUCAGUGAAAGUAUUGAAAAAGUAUUGGACAAAUGACAUAGAUGAGCUAUCCUUUGAUGACUUUGUUGAUAUCUGCAAAAAAGAGCCAGUUACAACAUCAGAUGAUUUAAUGAAAGCAUUCAGGAAAAUUGACAUCAAUGGAGAUGGUUAUAUUUCUCUGGAGGAAUUACAUAAAAUUUUGACUUCAAAAGGUGAAAAGAAAAGUAAAAGUGAAGUGAAAAAGAUGAUAGAUGAAGUAGAUGAAAACAAAGAUGGCAGACUGGAUUAUAAAGAGUUUUGUCAAAUGGUCAUGUCUACAACAGAAGAAAACAAAAAAAUGCAAAGGAAGAUGAUGGAAAGAAAAGAAAAAAAGAAAAGGCAAGACAUAGAAAGAAGAGGUGAUGUAUCAGGAUCGCAGGUUUCUGUAAGAUCUGCAGCGUCUUCGGUAAAAAAUCAAGAGAAAAGUGCUUCAAAAGCUAAUGUUGAGUUUGGUAAUGGAAAAAAAGAAGCUAAUAAGGAAAACAAAGACGAAGAUGAUGAUGAAAUUGAUGAGGAAUGCGUAACUGCAAGAAAUGGAAGUGCACGGUCAGAAAGACCUAAACCCUCUCCUAGAAAAUCAAUGUCAGAGACCACAACAAGUCAGGCUCAAGAUGUAUCCCCCUCGAGAACAUCACUUAGGGAGAAAACUGAAGAUGUAUCUGGUUCUAGAACCAGUCUACAGAGUAAAGAUGAUGUUUUACUGACGUCAAGAAGAUCUUCACGUUCCCAAAAUAAAGAUUCAUCAAGGAGUAAAAAGGAGAAAGACAAAGAAGGUUUAUCUUCAUCUAGAUUAUCAAACAGUCCAGAUAAAUUAAUGGGUUCAAAUUCAACCCUUCAAAACGUACCCGACGUUAUCGGUUCUAAUAUUUCACUUACAUCUGCUAGUGGUUUGAUGGCUAAAAAUCUCAGACAAAAUGUUGGAACACCGGCAGGAUCGAGAAAAUCAUCAUUAUUAAGUAUUGGUGAAGGAAGUCCCCCUAUCCCUGCACAAAGAAAAUCUUUAUUGCACACUGCUUCUUCUUCAGAUCCAGAUGAUUUACCUAGACCAUCUCCUAGAGUUAAGAAGGAUAAAAGUCGACAAGGUUCUGUUUCAAGGGCUCAUAAACUUGACGAACCUAAAAAUCUAAGGGAAUGGACACAUACUAAAAGUAAGGGCAGCUUUUUCAUGGAAGAUGGAAGUUUGAUAUGUCAUCAAUAUGAUUUCAACCUUCCAGACGACAGUAAAAUCUGGAUUACUAUACAGCCACAGAAAGGAAGUAGAGGAAUGGAUAGCAGUCCUGUAGAUACUUCUGUGUUUAUAUUGAGAGACAGACCAGAUGAAGAUGGUAACUUACUCGUAGCUUUUACAGAACACAGAGAUUCCAGAGGAAAAUAUGGUGUAAGCUGUGAUUUGAGUGCUGGUAAAUAUUACAUUAUGCCAUAUACAACAGGCUGUAGAUUUAAAAAUCGAAAAUCAGAAUCAGGAAAGGAAGCUAAACUGGUAUCCCAAGACAAGGGAGGCAAAUAUGUUAUAACCAAAUCUUUCAGGAAAGUGUUAGAAGACAUAUUUGACUACAGUGAUUUAGAUGGAAAUGGAUUUAUGAGUAGAAAAGAAUUUAACCUAUUUAACAUCAGAACAAGCGGUGAAGAAGUAGCUGACGAAGAAUGGCAGGUUGUGGAAGACAGGAUAGAUUUAGAAGAUGGAGAGAUAACAAAAGCAGGGUUCCUACAACUGAAUGAAUUGGAAGCUGAAGAUUCUGAGGGUGAUACUGAAGACUUAUGGACCACACUUGUCAGUAUGGGGUAUAACAAACAGCUUGUCAUGGACCAGGCCUGUCCCUUCCAACUUGAUGUCUACACAGAGGAUUGUGAUGAUGCUGAGUUAGACGUUGUCCGAGUAGACAGCUACCCAACAUACCCAGGAGAUCUAUCAUUUGAUGACAUUAUCAGCAAAUCAUUUAUAAAACAUGGUGAGAUUUCAAGGGUUAAAGGAAUGAAGGACCUUUGUAUGUACACAUACACAAAUGAUGGAUGGGCAACAUUGGUACUUGAUAACAAGUCUCACACCAGAGUACGAGUUGAACUAGAUUGUAGUCGAAGUGAAAAUGUAACCAGCAAUCACGACAGUUUACAGCGAACACUUAGAGUGGACCCAGGUUCAACAGUUAUUGCGUAUCACCUGAUGCCAGAAGAUGACGAUCGAGAUUGGCAGGUUAAAUGUACAGAGACAAUACGUUGAUAGCAGAAGAUGUUUAGUAACAUUUUAAUAUUUUCCGUCCUGUGAUAAUGUAGUUCAGUUUUGUAUUUAAGAAAUGUUGUUUAUUGUAGAAUGGUAUAGAAAACAGGUGUAGAAAUGAAAUUUAGUACUUCGUAUUAUGAACGUAAAGAAAACAAAAUUGUUUAGUCUAAUUAUUUACUGUAGAAUGUGAAAUAAAUAUCUCUAUGAAAAGAGUUUUUUAACAUUAUAACAUGUUAUACAGAUGGAUUAAGACAUAUUGCUGUAUUAGAUUUUUAUAUUGCUUAAGCUUACGAGUACAAUAUAUAUUUUAUGAGGUAUAAUAUUCACCCGUAUUCAUGCAAUAACCUUUUUAUUGAACAUGGACAAACUUAAAAAGUUUUUAAAAACAUUGCUGUCUUUGAUUUCUUCACUACUUUUAAAGUUUAAUCGCAGUGGUGCAAUAUUAUAAAUUAUUGAAAGCUAAAUUGGGGUUACAAUCUGCAUGAAAUAUGUUGCUGUUAUAGCAUAAAUUAUUUUUCAGAGCAAGCAUCUUUUUCAGCCCAAUACUUUCAAACAAGAUAUUAUUGAUUGCAUUUAUUAAUGCAAUUAUCAAUUAGGGUCAAAAAUUUAUCAAUGUUAUAGCAGGAUUUGCCAUUUUUUUUUUAUCAGCACUUAGAAUGCAAGUUAUGAUUAAUCUGAUAUUUCUUUUUUUUAGCAUUUAUUACAAUGUUGCAAAAAUGUCUGACAGAACAGACAGCACCAAAGUUUUUAGGCCAUAAUUAAAAAAAAAGAGCAUUUUUAAUGGCCAGUCAAUAAAAUUUCAUAUGUUAGAUACAUCAACCACUGCACUUCAAUCCUCAAUUACUGUCGUAUCAUGAAACAAUAAACUUUUAAGGCUGGAGGAAAUUAUAUAAAUAUCAAAGAACAUGCAUUCUCUCUGAUUUCUAAAUGUUUCAGUGUUUGUUUUUUAUAGGUUGCAUAUGGUUUGUAAAAGAUUUACAUUAUAUUUAUUACUCAAGCUUUUUGUAUUCUUGAAAUAUGGAAAAGUUUCCCAUAAAAAUGUUGAACUUAUUUUGUAGUUUGAUUAGAGUAAAUGUUGGAAAGUAGUUAAAGAUCUUUCUAUGAUAAUGACAGGAAUGCUUAUAAAAAUGCUAUUAAUUGUAACAUUUCUUGAUAAAAUUGAAUAGGUAUGUUCAAAAUUUUCAGACAAAAUGCAGCACUUUAUCAUUACAUGCAGUUUUUAAGUAUGCCUGCAUAUUACCAUGAACAGAUCUAUUUUUAAUAAUAUAUUGAAUCAUGUAAACAUUCCAUUACUAAUAUUAGUGAUCAUAGAAUAAAUUAUGAUAAUAUUG